AAGAGCUGGAAGGGAUUUUGGCAGCCGAUUUUGUGUCUUAUUGACCUGCUAAAAAGCUUGGAAGAAAAGUUCUCAAAAUUCUUUUGUUUGGUUAUUAGGGAAAAUGAGUUGACAUAAAAAUCCAAACUUUUUUAAAAAAUCAAACGUUUGCUUGAUAUAUUGAGGUGGGCUGCAAGGAAAGAGGAGAAGAAAAAGGCUUACAGUGUCCAAACAAAGACGGAAAUGCUAUGGGCAAUGCACCUGAAGUCCCAUAAGAGUUUUAGUCUUGCAGAUUGUAAACAUCUCCUCGAAGAUUGCCUCCAAUCCAAAUCUGUGUUUCAAGGCAAAACAGUCCAUCAACAUCUCAUUAAAAACCAUAUCCCACAUGGUGACGAUGACCAUUUUAACCAAACUAUUGAAAAACUUACGCUUUUUUACUUGGCUUGUAAUAAGGUCGAGUAUGCACGCAGGGUGUUCGAUAGAAGUCCCCGAAAGCCAAAAAAGGUUGUAAUAUGGAAUCUGUUGAUAAAGGGAUAUGCUUGGAAUGGACCUUUCGGUGAAGCCAUUAAUUUUUACUACAAAACGCUGGAAUUGGGUAUCCAGCCCUCCAAAUUUACUUUCCCUAUUGUGCUUAAAGCAUGUUCGGCUCUUCAAGCAAUUGAAACAGGCAAGGACAUUCACGUUCAUGCCAAAAGACUUCGGCUUGAUUCUGAUGUUUAUGUUUCUACUGCUUUGGUUGAUAUGUAUGCGAAAUGCGGAUGUUUGGAUGAUGCAGAAACAGUAUUUAAUGAAAUGCCUCACAGAGAUGUUGUUGCAUGGAAUUCCAUGAUUUCGGGUUUUUCUCUGCAUGGGGUGUAUUAUCAUGACACUAUUCGUUUGCUUGUCCGAAUGCAAAACGAUUUCAUAAGCCCCAACUCUUCAACUAUUGCGGCCGUACUUCCAGCAGUUGCUCAGGCUAAUGCUUUGAGCCAUGGCAAAGCAAUGCAUGGUUUUUGUGCGAGGAGGGCUUACAUUGAUGAUAUCAUAGUUGCAACCGGACUUUUGGAUAUGUAUGGGAAAUGUCAGUACAUGGAUUAUGCCAGGAGAAUCUUUGACAAGGUGAGUAUUGUCAAGAAUGAGGUGACUUGGAGUGCUAUGCUUGGUGCUUAUGUUAUUUGUGAUUUUAUGAGGGAGGCGUUGGAAUUUUUUCUGGAAAUGAUGAGGCUCAAAGACUUCACUUUGUUUCCAACACCAGUAACUCUUGCUACUGUACUUCGAGCUUGCGCAAAGUUAACCGACUCAAGUAUAGGCAGAUGCAUACACUGUUACGCUAUCAAAUCGGGUUUUGUUUCAGAUUUAAUGUUGGGAAAUACUCUACUUUCAACAUAUGCAAAGUGUGGAGUAGUCAUUGAUGCAAAACAGUUCUUUUAUGAAAUGGAUUUGAAAGAUUCAGUUUCAUAUAGUGCUAUUAUUUCAGGAUGUGUGCAGAAUGGUCAUGCAAAAGAGGCUUUACGUUUAUUCCAUAAGAUGCAAUUGUCUGGAUUGUAUCCAGAAUUGGCAACCAUGCUAGGUGUCCUGCCAGCUUGUGCUCAUUUGGCUGCUAUACAACAUGGUUCUUGCAGUCAUUGUUAUGCAAUUGUUCAUGGCCUUACAACUGAAAUCACAAUUUGCAAUGCUCUAAUUGACAUGUAUGCUAAGUGUGGAAGGAUCGACACUGCUAGGAGAGUUUUUGAUACGAUGCAUAAGAGGGAUAUUGUAUCAUGGAAUGCAAUAAUAAUUGCUUAUGGAAUUCAUGGGCUUGGCAUGGAAGCACUAUUGCUGUUCGAUAACAUGCUGGUAGAAUGUUUAGAACCAGAUGAUGUGACUUUCAUUUGUCUCUUGUCUGCUUGCAGCCAUUCUGGCCUUGUCACUGAAGGCAAACACUGGUUUAAUGCCAUGCGUCAAGAUUUUGGCAUCACUCCCAGGAUGGAGCAUUAUAUAUGCAUGGCUGAUCUUUUGAGCCGGGCUGGGAAAUUUGAAGAGGUAUGCAAUUUCAUUGAAAAGAUGCCAUUUGAGCCUGAUGUUCAUAUCUGGAGUGCCUUGCUUGCUGCUUGUAGGGUCCAUAGAAAUGUUGAACUUGGGGAAGAAGUGUCAAAGAAAAUUCAGAAGCUAGGACAUGGAAGUACAGGAAAUUUUGUUCUUUUAUCCAAUAUGUAUAGCACUGUUGGGAGAUGGGAUGAUGCAGCUCAGAUUAGAAUACUGCAAAGGGAGCAAGGAUUUAAGAAAAGUCCUGGGUGCAGUUGGAUUGAGAUUGGUGGCGUUGUUCAUGCAUUCUUUGGUGGAGAUAGGUCACACCCACAUUCACCUCAGAUAAAUAAUAAAAUUGAUGAACUGUUGGUGGAGAUGAGAAGGUUGGGUUAUCAUGGGGAAGCUAGCUAUGUUCUUCAAGAUGUUGAAGAUGAGGAGAAGGAACAUAUCCUCCUUUAUCAUAGUGAAAAACUGGCUAUUGCAUUUGGACUUCUUAAUCUCAGCCCCAAUAAGCCCAUUCUAGUAACUAAGAAUUUGCGAGUUUGUGGUGAUUGUCACACUGCUAUAAAACUUAUCUCCCUUAUUACAAAGAGAAAUAUUACAGUAAGAGAUGCAAGUCGAUUCCAUCAUUUCAAGGAUGGAAUUUGCAAUUGUGGGGAUUUCUGGUGAGGAUUAGGAUGAAUAUUUUACGUAAUGGUGCCUCGGUUGAUUCAUGCAACUGUGCUUUCAACCCUUUGGCUAUGCAAUUACUAUUCUGCAUCAGGAUUAUUUAAUGGGACUGCAAAUAAAAAUAGUUAAAAGCCAGUGCAAGAUGAUGAAAUGGUUGAUAUUGACAGAGAAGUAUCUGCAUCUGAAUCCGAGGAUGAAGAUGUAAAGCUAUUUCUACCUUUCUCAUAAUGCCAUAUGCCAUUGAUAAUCCUCAAGAUAUUGUUGGGCCAGAGAAUUGUAGAAUGAACACACAAGCUUUCCAAUUGAAAUUGGUCAAAGAACAAGAAAUAGUGGGGAAGCAAGGAGCUAUCUUUGUACAUUCAGGGACUGGAAGAAACAAUGAAGCUCUUUGACAAGCAAGGCA